AUGGCAGAGAGAAAGGUGUUGAAUAAGUACUAUCCCCCGGAUUUUGAUCCUGCGAAAAUUCCAAGAAUGCCCAAAAAUCAACAAAUGAAGGUCAGAAUGAUGCUUCCGAUGAGCAUUCGCUGCACACUUGCGGCAACUAUAUUUACAGAGGCACAAACCGAGAUUACCAUUAAAACAGACUCACAAAACUCCGAUUAUGUUGUUGAGUCUGGUGCCACAAGGAAUUAUGAGCAUUGGCGUGCAGAGGAUGAGGUAAAGGAGGAGCAACGGAGAAGAGAUGCUAAAGAGAUCGGAGAUCCCAUGAAGUCCUCGGAGAAUAGAAGAAUUGAUUCAAACAGACAUAUGAAAAUACUUUCUGCUCUGGAUGAAAUCAAGUCUAUGAAUUCCAGACAUGCAAAUCUAACCCUAGAUGCAAUUCUUGAAGCCUUGCAGCGAUCAUCUCCAUUACAGCAGGAGGACAAGCUUCAAGAAGAGGAUCAAACCCUUAUAAAAUCCAUCUUCCAUGGAUCAAGAAAGUUUAAGAAGAGGAGGGUUUCUGAGAGCCUAACAAAUUACUUGACAAAAACCAGUAUUGAUCAUGACACAUUGAAUAAAAGAGAAGAUCGAAGGGGUUUGAGAAGUUUUGUUUUCAAGUCUUCAGCAGUGAAGUUUUCUGUUGUGAAGAAGCCAUUAGAGGCUGGAAGUGCAAAAACACAAGCAAAUGAAAAGGAGCAAGAAGAUGAUAAAGCCAAAAAUACAAGUAAUGCAUUGGGAUCAUUAUGCCAACAGUAUGACAAUGAUGAUGAUGAAGAGUAA